AUGGAUGAUUUUAAUCAAUGUGCAGAAAGGUUCUUCGAGAUCAACGAACAAACGCAGACGAUCGAAAAAACUGCAAUAUUUUCGACUUUAAAUCAAGUAAACAGCAAUUUUGAAAGCAUUAUCGUGUGUAUCCAGAACUUCAAUUCGUUUUCAAGUGAAUCUGCACAAAUUAUCAUAUUAAAUAACCUUUCAUAUUGGAUAUUACAUAACUGGGAAACUUUUAUAUCCAAUAUUGAAGUCAUAAAUUUAAUCAGAGACUUACUUUUUAAUCAAAAUUUAAUAAAUUGCUCGAAACAGUCAACAAAACUACGUGAAUGCAACACUAAAGCACAAAUUGCACUCUCAAUUAGAGUAUAUCCAGAAAUAUGGGAAAAUCUCUACAAUGAAACAAUAUUUUCCGAAUCAACUAUACCUCAAGCAUUACAAUUCAUCACAGAAAUGUCAAAUACGUUAGCAAAUCCAUCACCUAUUCUAAAAGAUUUAUUCAUAAAUUAUCGCAAUACUCUUGUUCAAAAUAAGAUUUCAGAACUUUUCCAGCAAUUCAUUUUAAACGGAAUUGCUAACUCUGAUCCUCAAGCGUUCAUUGCUUUGGGAUAUUAUUCGAUUGCUUUUGAUAAUUCAUGGAUAUCAGAUUCAAACAUCUUUGGACAAGUAGGAUUAGGCAUGAGUUCACCAAAAACUUCAUCACAAACAUUAGAAUGCAUAAGACUUAUGCUGAUGAGUAAUUUUACAAUUGAACAAAAAAAUCAGAUCAUUGAUUCAUUAAAUUUAUGUCAAGUUGUUAUUUCAGAGAAUUCAGAUCCAAAUAUCAUGACACAAUAUUCAAAAAUCCUUUACUUAUUGUCAAUUAUUUAUAAUCCAGAAAAUGAAAUUUAUCAAACAGUUAUUGAAGCAUCAAUUAAUCACUUAUUAUCAGUAUCAGACGAAGACGUCAUUUAUUCAUGCCAAACUUUAAAUUCUGCCUUAACUAAAAAACCUGAACAAUUUACUGCAUUAGUUUGCCAAUUUUCAUUGAAAAAGUUAUAUGAAUUUAACAAAAGUAAUUAUUACAUCACUCCGCCUGUUGUUGCAAGACAUUUAAUUUCAUUAAUUGAAAAAUGCUGUCAAUCUCAAACAGAUUUAUCAUACCAAGGAUAUAUUGAGUUCACAAAUGAAAUACAGAAUGCUCCAACUGAAGAUUUGGCUUUGGCAACAACAAUUCUACAAUUUGUUAGAAGAUAUCGAACUUUUAUACAGCAAAGAAAUGCUACAGAUGAAACAGAACCUAUAUCAGACGAUUUCAUGCACCUUUACAAUCCUCCAGAGAAUCCAAUUGAAAAUUCUCAAUUAAAUUUGUAUUCGAGUUAUUUUGAUUUAAUUUUGACACAUCCAAAAGAGCAUUCGUUUGUAUUUCAAGCAUCACUCAACUUUAUUAUGAGUGAAAACUGUCCUCUUGCUUUAACAAACUUUAUUUUGAAAUUAUUGAAAAUAUUUAUUUACAAAAAGCCGAAAUUGACAAUAGAAGAUGCUCAAAUUAUUGAACAACUCAUAAAUAGUGGAAAUCCUGAUUUAAUUAUCAUUUCCGCCAAGUUAUUGAUAUAUCUCGGAAAAGAUCACGAUGAUUCAUUAGAAUUAUGCUUGUCUUCAUUGAUUUCUCAGAUUAAUUCAUCAAAUGAUCCAAGGCAGGCAACAAUGAACGUAAUAAACUUCAUUUCUUCCUAUAGAAUGAUAAUAAAAUCGAAUCAGAUUUUGGAAAUAAUCCAAAAUUUCGUUGCAGAGAGUUUAAACCACUUCACAGAUGAUGAUUACAUAAUAGGAAAUGUUUCUGCAAUACUUCCUUUCCUUGGAGAACAAGCAGUUCCUAUUUUAGAAGUUCUUUUGAACGAAGGCGGCGGAUUUUGGUGGCUUUGUGGAGUUUGUAGAGCUGUUGGAAGCCUUACACAGUUAUUUAAGCAAAUGCAGGCUACAAACAAAAUGAAGAACUAUGUUCUUUUGAACCAAGAUUGGCAAAACCAAGCUUUUACAAAUAUUUUGACAGUUGCAACGAAUUUGUUUGAAUUCGUGAAGAGUUUUGAUUACCAUUAUUCAAAUAUAGAAGAUAUUGAACAAUGCUUUGAUUCAUUCUUCUGGGGUGUGACACAACAAAGCAUGCUAAUCUCAAAUGAAUUGUUUUUAGCAUUUAUUGACUUUUUGUCUAAUUUUUGUGUUACUUUUUAUGAUCUCAACCAUGUUUUUGACAAGAUUUAUUAUUUUGUCAAUAGUUUAGUUGUAGACAAGACUAGAAAGAUCGAAGGAUUCAUGCCAUGGCAGAUAUUACCUCAAUUACAUUCAUUUUUGUUUAAUCAAGAUUUCGAUGUCAACAAAAAUGGAACAGUAAUUUCAAAGGAAUAUUUCGCAAUGAUGCACAACAUGUUUGGAAAAUAUUAUCAGAAUACAACUAAAAUAGUUGGUGAAAUUUUCCAUCCUUUCCAGCUAGAUUCGAAUUUUGUUUCCGAAUUCAUCGGAGAUUUUGAAAAAGAAUUGAAAUACGCAGUUCCUAGCUUGCACAUGCACUUAGAAACAAUUAUUUUGUAUAAGGCGUUUAUUAUUCAUGAGGCUCAAAAUGAAGAGCAAUGA